AUGCUGGAUCAGGUGACGGGGCCCGGGCCCACUCCACAGAGGACUUGGGUCCGGGAGUGGACACAGGCUGGACGAAAGGCCCUGGCCAAGCUUGCCGAGGACAAAAAUGCCUCCCCGGAAAUGGUUCUGCGCAGCUUGGAAGAGCACUGCGCCUUGCACCCUGACCUGGUGCCCUCCUACUUCCAGCAGAUGGAGGUGCCGUCCAGUCUCACCAUCCAGCGGUGUCGCCUACUGUGCUUUCUGUGCAAAGACACUCAGCAGACGUUCGACAAGAAGCUGGAGAAGGCACGCAAGGCCAAGUGGGUGCUGCCAUCCUUUUUCGGGGCAGGCGGCAACAGUCGCAGGGCAGCCACGGUGGUGGCAGGGACUCCUCAGACCAGGCCUCCCUGGCCGCUGGAAGGAGGGCUGAAGAGGGAGCUGGAGGCACCAAAGCAGAGGCCACAGAACCCCACUAGUCAGCUCAGCCUGGACGAGGAGCCAGUGACCUGGGCAGCCCUGCCUGGCCCCUUGGGCAGCCAGCAAGCAGAGCCUCCCAUCCUGAGGCCCCUGGUGACCCCGAGGCCGACGCUCUGCAGUCCCCUGCUGAAGGCCAGCGCCCCUGACAGGGUGCACUUCAUACUGGGAGAGAUGGUGUCGACGGAGUGGGAGUACGUGUGAGCCCUGGAUUAUGUGGUGGAGAACUACUUCCUCGAGCUGGAGCGGGAGGACGUGCUGCCGGCCCUGCGCAGACAGCAAGCCCGCAUCUUUGGCAACCUGGAGAAGCUCAGGGACUUCCACUGCCACUUCUUCCUGCGGGAGCUGGAGAGCUGCAGCCAACAGCCUGUCUGGGUGGCCCACACCUUCCCUAGGGAAGAGUUCGGCAUGUACGCCUACUACAGCAAGAACAAGCCCACAUCGGACGCGCUGUGGGCCAGCCACGGGAAGGCCUUUUUCAAGGACAAACAGCACCGUCUCAGGGACCGCCUGGACUUGUCUUCCUACCUGCUGAAGCCCAUUCAGUGGAUGAGCGAGUACGUGCUGCUGUUGCAGGAACUGCGCCGCGCCUGCAACUACAGGCCCGCGCGCAGCUCCUUCAGAGAGUCUGAUCUGGCUGCGCUGUGCACCGCCUGUGACCUCGUGCGGUUCCAGUUGCUGCACGGCAGUGACCUGUUGGUGAUGGAUGCCAUCUGUGAUUGUGAUGUGAACCUCAAGGAGCAGGGCCAGCUGGCUUGCCAGGAUGAGUUCGUGGUGUGGUCCGGGGGUAAGAAGUGCCAGCGCCACGUCUUCCUGUUUGAGGAGCUCAUUCUCUUCAGCAAGUCCCAGCACUGUCCCAAGGGGCACGAGGUCUUCCUCUACAAGCACUCCUUCAAGACAGCAGACAUUGGUUUCACAGAUAGCUACGGAGAGAGCGGGCUGUGCUUUGAGAUCUGGUUCCGACGCCGCAAGGCCAAUGACACGUUUGUGUUGCAGGCCCUGACCCCUAAAAUUAAGCUGGCCUGGACGGCCAACAUCGCCAGCCUGCUCUGGAGACGAGCUAAGCGCAAUAAGGAGCUCCAAAUGGCUGAAAUGGUCUCCAUGGGGAUAGGGAGCAAACCUUUCCUGGACAUCACCCCCAGGGAAGUGGCCACCGAUGACCUUGCCAUCAGGACAGGAGCUCAGACUCAGGCCUCCCUUGCAGUGUCUUUGUUUGACCACACCAACCCCAGUCUUGGAUCUCCUGCUGCAUUUCCCAGUGGCCCCUCUUCCUCUUCCUCGCUGGAGCCCGUGAACCUGCACCUGUGCAGGGACCUGGCUGCACUGGGGCUCUGCUGGCCCUCGGGUCCCACGGCUUACCUGGAGGAGCGGGACCCAGAGACCAAAAUGGCAGGCCAGGAAGGCCCAGAGGCCUGGGGGGCCGGGGACGGUGGGGGGCUGAGGUGGUGGACCCGAGCGUGGACGCUGCAGGAGGGUGGCCGAGGGCGGGUGCCCCUCCGUUCACCGUGCCCUCGUUCUGGUCCCCUCAGCCCCUCAGGGCGCUGA